UACUACAUUAAUCUAAUCAUGCCAAAAUAGACACAAUUUUUGGGAGUUUUUGAAGUGAGAAAAAGAAGCCAUGGCAGAGAGCUCAGUUGGAGAAGAAGAAAGCAUGGAAAAGGGGCUCUUAGGAAAAGAAAGAAAUGGUUUUUUUGGUGAAAUAUUUGAUGAAGUGAAGCUAUUGGGUUACAUUGCAGGACCUAUGGUGACAGUGACUUUGUCUCAGUAUUUUCUUCAAGUGAUUUCUAUAAUGAUGGUUGGUCAUCUGGGUGAGCUUGUUCUCUCUAGUACAGCUAUUACCAUCUCCUUCUGUGCUGUCACUGGCUUCAGUGUUAUUUAUGGAAUGGCUAGUGCAUUAGAAACUCUCUCUGGACAAGCCUAUGGAGCAAAGCAAUAUAGAAGACUUGGAAUUCAGACCAACACUGCUAUACUCACCCUAACCUUAGUCUGCAUUCCAUUGUCUCUAAUGUGGUCUUACUUGGAAAAAAUCUUGGUAUUCAUGGGCCAAAACCCUUUAAUUUCAAGAGAAGCUGGUAAAUUUUCAUUAUGGUUAAUCCCUGCACUAUUUGCCUAUGCAAUUCUUCAGCCACUGAUUAGAUAUUUUCAGACACAAAGCAUUAUUUAUCCCUUGCUUCUGAGCUCAUGUGCUUCUAUUUGUUGCCAUAUACCACUCUGUUGGGCUUUAGUUUUCAAGUCAAGACUAGGACAUUUUGGAGCUGCAUUGUCUAUUGGCAUUUCAUAUUGGUUGAAUGUGAGUUUGCUAGUUUUGUACAUGAAGUUUUCUCCUGCCUGUGAAAGCACCCGGGUUUCGAUUUUUUCAAACCUAUUUCAAGGCUUUGGAGAGUUCUUGUGGUUUGCUAUACCUUCUUCUUUUAUGAUUUGCCUUGAGUGGUGGUCAUUUGAGCUUCUUACUUUGCUGUCUGGUUUUCUACCAAAUCCUCAGCUUGAAACUUCAGUGUUAUCUGUAUGUUUGUCCACUCUCAUAACACUCUUUACAAUACCAGAAGGACUUGGUGCAGCUGCAAGCACUCGAGUUUCAAACGAAUUAGGCGCUGGUAAGCCUAGAGCAGCUCGGUUUGCUGUCCACGUAGUCAUGUCUCUUGCAGUGCUAGAGGCACUUAUUGUAAGUUCAGCUCUCUUUCUAGGUCGAAACGCUUUUGGUUAUGUUUUCAGCAAUGAGAAGGAAGUUGUGCAUUAUGUGACAAACAUGGCUCCACUAGUUUGUGCAACAGUCAUACUAAACUGUUUGCAUGGUGUCCUUUCAGGCAUUGCCAGAGGAUGUGGGUGGCAGGACUUGGGAGCCUUUGUCAACCUUGGCUCUUACUAUCUCUUUGGGAUUCCGGUGGCGGCUGCUUUGGGAUUUUGGUUGAACAUGAGAGGAAAGGGCCUUUGGAUUGGAAUUUUCUCUGGUUGCUUGUUACAAACAUGUCUGCUUUCUGUCAUAACAAUUUGUAUCAACUGGGAGAAACAGGCAAUAAUGGCAAGAAAAAGGAUUUUUGAGGAAAAAUCUGUAGAAGAUAAUAAUGGAUUAAGUGAGCAUAGUAGUCUCUACUAAGCUUGCCAUUUAUAUUUUUUUGGCAAACUCUUUGUACUGAAAUGGUUUUGAAAAUGGUUAAUUACUCAAAUCAGUAUUCAGUAAUAGUAAGUGUUAACUCCUUAAUCAAUGGAGUGUUAACAUUACUUAUUUAUCUUCCUAUUCGUUUUUGUUUCACUGAACAACUGGUGUUAAAAUUAUUAUUAUAAGGGUAUUUUAGUCUU